AUGUCGCUGACUCUUAUAAUUUUUUUAAUUAGCCUACUUCAUAGCGCUAAGUCGGAAUUCUCUGAUAAGCUGAAAAGCGCUAAAUAUGAGCCGACUUGGGAGUCGAUUGAUUCGAGACCAAUACCUCUAUGGUACCAAAAAGCAAAAUUUGGAAUAUUUUGCCACUGGGGUGUUUAUUCUGUACCAGCAUUCAAAUCCGAAUGGUUUUGGUGGCAGUGGAAGACAGCAAGAAAUUUGGCUGUGCUAGAAUUUAUGCGUAAAAAUUAUAGACCAGAAACGACUUACGCAGAUUUUGCUCAUGAGUUCACAGCUGAAUUUUUUGAUGCAAAUAAAUUCAGAGAGAUUGUCGAAGCCUCAGGCGCAAAAUAUUUUGUGUUCACGAGUAAACACCAUGAAGGAUAUACAAUGUGGCCUAGCAAGACAUCUUGGAAUUGGAAUUCAGUGGACGUUGGUCCAAAAAAAGAUAUUGUCGGGGAACUUAAAACUGCGUUUUCGUCAGCUGGCAUUCAUUUUGGUUUAUAUUUCUCUCUAUUUGAAUUUUUCAACCCGUAUUAUAUUCAAGAUCAGCAAAAAAACACAAGCGAUUAUGUUGAGAGGCGCUCAUAUCCGCAACUGUUGGAAUUAGUAAACAUUUAUGAACCAGAAUUAAUAUGGAGUGAUGGUGACUGGGAAAUGAGCGAAAAUUAUUGGAAAUCUAAGGAAUUUUUGGCUUGGUUAUAUAAUGAAAGCCCUAUCAAGGACAACGUGGUCGUAAAUGAUCGUUGGGGUACUGGUGUUAUGGGUAAUCAUGGUGGAUUUUUAACUUAUAGUGAUAAUUUCAAUCCUGGUCACCUGUUACCUCGUAAAUGGGAGAACUGUAUGACAUUGGACAAAUAUUCUUGGGGUUUUCGAAAAAAUUUGGAAAGUUCAGAUGUAAGAAAUGUUAGCCAAUUGAUUAGAGAGCUCGUAACAACUAUCGCAUGUAAUGGGAAUUUUUUAUUAAAUGUUGGUCCAAAUAAAUAUGGAAUUAUACCUGCAAUAUUCGAAGAUCGUUUACGUGAACUCGGCAAAUGGGUUAACCGCAAUAAGGAUGCGAUUUUUGAUACAUAUCCAUGGAUGUAUCAAAAUGAUUCAGUGGAUAUAUGGUACACCGUUAGUUUACCGAACUCAAAUGUGAUUAGAAGUAGUUUGGCUUGGACAAAACAUACGAAAGGCUCAAAACUAUAUGUAUUUUUUUUGGAGUUUCCUGCAAAGAAUAAAGUAGAACUUCCAUCAGUGCUUUUCACAGAACAGAUAAAAGCAGCGGUUUUAUUGGAUAAUGAUUUAAGUGAGGAAAUUCCGAUUAUUGGAUCGAAGGGCAAACCGAUUAUUCUGAAUUUUUCAUCUCAUCAACGUCUAAUUCGUUAUAAUCAGAUCGUAGUGCGAAUCGAGAACUUUGACGCGAUUUAUCAUGACCCGAUUAAAUAUCUGACGAAACAUAGAAUUAUCGAUGCAAAUAAAAAGUUUCAAACUAUAAAUAUCCACAAUGUACGAAGAAAAUAA